AUGACAAAGAUAAAAGAUACAUUACGAAGUAUAAGUUCCAAUUCGUCUAAUACAGAUCUGCAAACAUUAAUUGAUCUUAUAGAGAAGUUUACAACUGCUCGAGAUGGACCCGGAGAUCCAGAAAAAAUCGAUGAAGUGUCGACUAAGGAUUUUUUUAUUUUGUUGAAUUCAUAUUUUAUUCAAAGUAAAUAUAGGUUACAGGUUUUAACCUUAUUAGGAGAAUUUAUUAGGCAACAGUUAGACACAUCAACGACAGUAAUAUCACUUUCAUUGACAACAUUAAUUAUGUUAUUACCACAUAUUUGCACAUCUGUUAUAAAUUAUCUUCCACAACUUUAUAUUAUAUUUAUUAGAAUUUUGUGUUGGGAUAAACGUUCAUCAUUUAAAAAUACACCAACCGGCCAACCAAACUUUCGACAUCUUUUUACAUUUUUAUAUGGAAUGUUUCCAUGUAAUACUGUACAAUUUUUAAAAGAUCCAACUGGAUGGGUUAAAAAGAUGAAUCAUGUCCCAAUUGUUGAGGGAAUUGACGACGAUGUUAUAAGAGCACGAAGCUUGAAGGAACUCUCAGACACGUCAAGAUGGAUGAAACUUGAACCGGCAGAUUUUAUAGUGGAAUCAAUUGGAUUUGAUAUAGAUAAUUCAUCAAAGAAAUAUGCAGAUCAGAUAGAAAAUAUAACCAAAAAAAUAUUACAAGAAUCUAAUAAUUCGGUGACGGGAAAACCUAAUGAAAUGAGAAGAAGACCAUCACAUACUAUCUCCGUGAAAGAAAUCAUGGAAGUUCAUGAAGCUCUUAAAAGUGGAGUUGAUAUAGUAUUAAAUUUUGAACUUUAUCUUAAACAACAACAUCUUCAACACAUUGGGCGUCUUCAUCGUGAUCAUAUACUUGACAAUAUGGCAGAAGCAGAAAGACAAAAUUUGUACAAUACAUGUAGAACAUUGAAAUCUCAAUUAAAGAGAGUUCAGGCAGCAUUUGAUAGACAAAGAACCGAAACUGCAAACUUAAAAAAGACAAAAGUUCAAUGGGAAAAUGAACUGAACACAAAACUAAAGAAUUAUCGAGAACAGGAAAAAGAAUUGAAAUUACAAAUGGAUAAAACACUACAAGAAUUAAACGAAGCAAAGCUUACGAUAAGUAAACAAAGUAGACGAAUUGAAGAGAUAGAAGCAAAAAAUUUUUUAGUGGAAAGUAAACUUAAAUUAAUUGAACCAGAACUCGUUAAAUUAACAGAAUAUCAAGAAAUAAUCGAUCAAUUAAAGAAACAACUUGUGUUAUGGGAGUUUGAUACUAAAAAAUUUGAAAGGCAAAGAAAAGAUUUAGAAAUUUUAGUGAUGGAGUGGCAUAAAAUGGAAAUGAUAUUAGAAUCUAAAGAUCAAGAGAUCGAACAACUAAAGAAUUUGGUUAGUGAUCAAUCUGAAAUGAUUAAUGAAUUGAGAAUAAAGUGUAAAAAGAAUGUCAAAGAUUCACAAAAUAAUCAAAAAACUGCAUUUGAAAAACAGUUUGAAGAAUACAAGAAAUUAGAAACGAAUUAUGAUCAAUUGAAGAAAAGCAACGAGGAACUAAAGUCGGAAGUUCUUGAACUUUUGGCUAAAAUUGAAUCUUUAACGCCACGAGAACCAAUAUCAAUAUCAUUACUUUAA